ACAAUCAUUUCUCCGUGCUCGUUCAUCCCGCGGCUUCGCAACCGCCUCUGCGCCGCUGACGCUUGGUAUCCGGCGUGAAGACCCUUCUCGGAUCUGGGAGAGAAGAGUUCCGCUGACUCCCCAGGCCGUCAGUUCCCUCAUUCGCGACGAAGGUGUUCGAGUUUUGCUACAGCCCUGCGCUCGUCGCAUAUUUCCCACUCAAGAAUACCUCAAUGUUGGUGCCGAAUUAUCUGAUACCUUGGAACACGCAAAUAUAGUACUCGGUAUCAAAGAGACCCCACUGGAUGACCUCGUGACGGAUUCAGUAAAUGGACGGUCUAGGAUUCAACUCAUGUUCUCGCACACUGCCAAGGGCCAAUCCUAUAAUAUGCCCUUGCUUGCCCGGUUCAAGCAAUCGACCGCAAGGCUUAUCGACUACGAAUUGAUGACCGACCCUCAAGGGAAGCGCGUAGUGGCCUUUGGGUGGUACGCUGGUGCUGCCGGCGUCCCUGAAGCUUUCUCCGCCCUCGCUCUCGAUCAUCUCAAGCUCGGGCUUCUACCUCGGCCUUAUCAUCAUCGUAGCCUGGAAGACCUCCGCCAGUCCUUAAGGAACAUCGGCAAGAUCAUCUCGGAACGAGGUACCCCUAAGGAGACCGGCCCGUACAUAGUUGCCCUCACAGGAAACGGUAACGUCUCUCAAGGUGCCCUCAGUCUGCUCAACGAGCUUCCUCUCAAGCAUAUACGAGCUGAAGAUUUGCCUACACUUGCGACAUCGAAAGGUAGGUACUUUGACAUGACAUUUACCGUAUGCAACCCUCAUUCGACACCAGCAACGCCAAGAAAUGUCAUCUAUCUUCUUCAUGUGAAGCCUUGGGACUAUUUGCGAGAUAUACGAGGCGGGCCAUACGAUCGGGAAACAUAUUAUUCCCAUCCUGAGAUGUUUACUAGUCACUUCCAUGAAAAGAUUGCCCCAUAUGUUAGCUUAGUCAUCAACGGCACCGGCUGGAAGCCCGGAUUUCCGAGGCUAAUGAACAACCUUCAACUUGCUGAGGCACAGAAAUUGGCGCAAGAAAUUGGUAUAGCGCGCUUCAGAACUAUCGCUGACAUUAGCUGCGAUAUUCAGGUGAUUC